GGUCGUCUCCCAGUAGAAUCUCUGCCUUACGGGUCGUAGUGCAUCAGCUGGACUAUAAAAACGAAUCGAUCAUCUUGAGUUAGUGCCACAGUUCAAUCAGCUUCCGUGUUCAAAUAGUCUCAGCCAUUUCUGCCUACCAACAACCAAAGAUGAAGUGCUUCGUCGUGUUUGUCGUCGCUGCCAUUUCACUGAGCGUAGAAGGAUCCGUGAUCCCGUGGUACUGGCCCGGACCAGUGGCCAUCCCUGCUCCUGUAGGACUAGCGGUUCCCGGAGCCACGGUGAUCCAAUCGAAUCCACCAGCAGUUGUGGUUCCAGCACUUCCCUCUCCAGUAGCUGCAGUGACGGUUGAUGCCUCUGGAGUUCCCACGGUAGUCGUUUCUCCAGCUCCUGUACCAGCUGUUGUGGUAGCUGCUCCGGCUCCGGCUGCGACAUCCGUUUCGGCCACCCGAGGAUCCGUUCAUGUUGCCCCUCUGCCAGGACAUUCCGUUUCGCAGCAGCAGUUGAACCUGGCUCCGGCUCCGGGUUCGGAAUAAGACAAACAGCAAAUUUGCAGGGACAAUGUGCAACCAAAUACUCCAAACGGUCUCUCGCAUGGUUUUGUUCAAUCCUUCUUGGUGAGGGAGCUUGUUCCGAUAGGUGGUUCGGAGCUCUCGAACCGUUUUGGAUAUUUUUUAUUUUUUGUAAAUUUGUUUCCAAUUGUUUCCACAAGUACUCUCCAAUAAAUGGCAAGCUAAGAACACGACGACGA